AUGAAAGGGAAAGCUCAAAAUAAUAUAAUUGUCGUCCCAGUGAUAACGUCUUUUUCUUAUGUACAACAAGAACCUGGGGCACACCUGAAGGGAUUGGAGACCGCCAUGGACUACAUAAACGGUGGCAUUUCGGCAUACUUUGAUGAAGAUUUGAAAUCACUGCUUCAGACGCAGAUGAAUCAGUUUCUGGACGAACUCAAUCAAACUGCAGUUUCAGAGCUCUAUCAGGGACUUAAUCCGAAGACUUACCGACAACUGGCACCGCAAAUUAUUGAUCAACUAGGAAGGCCGAUGGAUGGUUGGAUGGCCUGGACCACUGAGAUCAGCCGCAGCGGACAACAGCUUCUAGGUGCACUCUACGGAGAAUGGCAGAGGCUUGGAAAGGCUACUACAGGAUUCGUGUCUUUUUCGGCAGAUAUCAUCCGUAAUGACCUAGAACGAAUUUCUAAAGAAAUGCGAGAUGGUCGUUUACUUACCUGUUGCCUUAUUGUUACGCCUACGGCUGUUAACAUUAACGAGUGUUUCAGCGAAAUAGAGGCCUCCUGUCUUGGUCUGCAGUGGAAAAAAGUUCUUAAAGAAGAGGACAGUAGGUCUUUCGGAGUCUAA